UCUGUCUGUCAGACCCCUGGCACUGGGCUGUCUGUCUGUCUGUCAGACCCCUGGCACUGGGCUGUCUGUCUGUCAGACCCCUGGCACUGGGCUGUCUGUCUGUCAGACCCCUGGCACUGGGCUGUCUGUCUGUCUGUCAGACCCCCGGCACUGGGCUCUCUGUCAGAGCUCUGGGGCUGGUUCCUUGGUCAGAGCUCUUGGCCUGGUUUCCCAGGCAGAGCUGGUGGACUGCUCUCUUGGUGCUCCAUGCGUGCAGGUCACUGCCAGAGGAAAGAACUGCAGAUCCACUGGGGUGCUGUCCCCCAACCCAGAGCUGUGAGCUUUCAUGUUGUGUCCUGGCAUGGUGCUUUCCUACCUUCCUGCACAGAGCACUUCUCAUUUGGCCUUGUUGGGGGCCCAGAGCACUCUCACCCUCUGAGAAAGAUGCUCAGCCAUCACCCAUGUGUGCAGAGUGCUGUGCCCAUCCCCAGUGAGAACACAGCUGCUUGUGCAUCCCUUUUGGAAGCCUUUGAGUCUGACCAGCCAAUUAAUGUCCCAUUCAUUGUUCUGCAUUGAGUGUCGUGUGUGUGCAGCAUCUGCAAUAAAAUCCAUCUAUUCCUUGUGGAAGGUCAUAAGGUUGGAGGAAGCCUUUUUUUUCUGUCUGUAUGAUGCAGAAAAAUUAGGUUGGGGUUGUGUGAAAUCUUCAGGGUGUGCUGCAGAUGAGCAGGACUGGAUGAGCCAGGUGUGCCUCUGGAUGGGCUUGGGGGUCUGCUGGGGCUGGAAGCUCUCCUGCAAGAAGAGGGGAGUUCAAAAACAUUGUAGGAAUGGCUAAACAUCCUGACACUCAGGCCCACCUGGUGCUGCCUUCCCUCUGAGCUCUGCUGGUGCUGGCUGUGCCCCUCAGCAUGGGAGCAGGUCCCCAGGGACACCCACAGGUGGGAGAUGGCAGCAUGCCCAGCACCUCCUAGCUCUGCUGGAGCCAGGCAGGCAGAAGGUUUCGUGGUUCUCCUGGCUCCCACAGACAGAGUAAAGUGUCCCAGAAUCACAGAACAAAAUCACAGAGCCACUGGGGCUGGAAAAGCUCUCCCAGACCUGUGACUGAUCCCCCACCUUGUCACUCACACCAGAGCACUGAGCCACGUCAGCUGUAAAUAUUUCUCUCCUCCAAAUGGCAGAGCUGUAGUUCUGUUAUCUCACACCACGUUUUGGCCAGUCCUGGGCAUGGUGGAGAAGCAGCAACAGGCAGUGUUUGCCUGGGAGGGAUGGAGCUGCAAAGGCACCAGGACAGGAUCCCAGCCCUGAACUGUCCUGGUUUUGCCUGGCACUGAGCACUUCACCAGCCCAGGUCAGACUUUCUGUUCUGCUCCACAUGUGCAGUAGCUGGAGAGAAAAAACUGAGAGAAAAAAAAUAAUGCGGAAACAGCUCCAUAAAAAAGCAGAAAGAGGGCAGGGAGGAUUCCUGAGGGGAGGAUUCCCAGGCCACUGCCUGCUCUGUGCUGUGCUCAUUAUCUCACUGUGUCCCAGGGCCCCUUCCCAGGGUGAGACACCAGCAGCCCCCGGGAGCUCAGCCUGGGGAGCAGCUCCCACUGGCACUGGGGAAGGGGAGAGCUCUGCUCAAAUACCUCUGACCUAAACUGGAGCUUGCAGGAGAAAUUUACAGAAGAGAACAACAGCCAGGAGAGGAGAGCUUUGCUGUGGAGAGGCCUGGCUUGCAGCAUCCUCACAUGGGACUCUGAAAUUGAGAAUUCUGAGAAGAUUCUGAGUCUGCUCCCAUUCUGAACACUUCCAGAGUUCAUCCCUGGAUGUCUGUGUUUCCUGGCUGCUGCUGUUCUCCAGAAUGGCUCUGAAACAAAAACCCUGAGGAGCCUCUGCCACAGCCAUUAUCCUUGGAUCACAGCACUCCUGGAAAACCUACAAGUACAGAAUAAGCAGGAAGCGCCCGGGCAUGGCAUGGGGGCCAUGCCCUUCUCCAACAGCUCUGAGCUCAGCCCGUCCUUCCUGCUGGCCGGCCUGCCGGGGCUGGAGGGAGCGCACUCCUGGCUGGCCGCGGCACUGUGCUCGGCCUACGUGCUGGCCGUGCUGGCCAACGGCGCCGUGCUGCUGGCCGUGCGCGCCGAGCCCGGCCUGCACGUGCCCAUGUACUUCUUCCUCUGCAUGCUGGCCGCCAUCGACCUGGCGCUGGCCUCCGCCACCGUGCCGCGCACCCUGUGCCUCUACUGGCUGGGCAGCCGCGAGAUCGGCUUCGGCGCCUGCCUGCUGCAGAUGUUCCUCAUCCACGCGCUCUCGGCCGCCGAGUCCACCGUGCUGCUGGCCAUGGCCGCCGACCGCUACGUGGCCAUCUGCCACCCGCUGCGCCACGCCGCCGUGCCGGGCGGCCGCGCCACGGCCGCCGUCGGGCUGCUGGCCCUGGCCCGGGGCGUGCUCUUCUUCCUGCCGCUUCCCCUGCUGCUCCUGCCGCUGCCCUUCUGCGGCCCCCGCCUGCUGUCCCACUCCUUCUGCCUGCACCAGGACGUGAUGAACCUGGCCUGCGCCAACACCACGCCCAGCGUGGUGUACGGGCUGGCCGCCAUCCUGCUGGUCAUGGGGCUGGACGCCGUGCUCAUCUGCCUCUCCUACCUGCUCAUCCUCAGGGCCGUCCUGCGCCUGGCGGCCUGGAGGGAGCGGCUCAAGGUGUUCAGCACCUGCAUCGCCCACAUCUGCGGGGUGCUGGCCUUCUACGUGCCCCUGAUCGGGCUCUCCGUGGUGCACAGGUUCGGCAAGGACCUGGCCCCGCUGGUCCACAUCAUCAUGGGCAACAUCUACAUCCUGGUGCCCGCCGUGCUCAACCCUAUCAUCUACGGGGUGAGGACCAAGCAGAUCCAGAGGAGGAUCCUGAGCUUGAUCCACGUCACUGACAGAGCUCCCCGGUGACCCUAGCCCGGCCGCUGCCCCGUGUCCUCACCCUGGCUCACCUCGUUUCACAUCAGAGCCUUUGGUGCCAGGCUGUCCUCUCCGUGUGCUCUGAGGUGCUGCCACCAGGCUUGUAAACUCCUCCCGAGAGGAGGAGCCCUCAACACACUCAGAGAAAUGGCUGCAAUGAUCUAAACCCAAUCCCAAUAUCCCCAAACUCAGAGAAAUGGCUGCAAUGAUCUAAACCCAAUCCCAAUAUCCCCAAACUCAGAGAGAAGUGACUGCAAUGAUCUAAACCCAAUCCCAAUAUCCCCAAACUCAGAGAAAUGGCUGCAAUGAUCUAAACCCAAUCCCAAUAUCCCCAAACUCAGAGAAAUGGCUGCAAUGAUCUAAACCCAAUCCCAAUAUCCCCAAACUCAGAGAAAUGGCUGCAAUGAUCUAAACCCAAUCCCAAUCUCACCAAACUCAGAGAAGUGACUGCAAUGAUCUAAACCCAAUCCCAGUCUCACCAAAAUCAAAGAGAAAUGGCUGCAAUGAUCUAAACCCAACCCAAUCUCCCCAAACUCAGAGAGAGAUGGCUGCAAUGAUCUAAACCCAAUCCCAAUAUCCCCAAACUCAGAGAAGUGACUGCAAUGAUCUAAACCCAAUCCCAAUAUCCCCAAACUCAGAGAGAAGUGACUGCAAUGAUCUAAACCCAAUCCCAAUCUCACCAAAAUCAAAGAGAAAUGGCUGCAAUGAUCUAAACCCAA